AUGUUCGAAGCACGUCUAACUCAAGGUGGUCUCCUUAAGAAAUUACUCGAGUCUGUUAAGGAACUCGUAACCGACGCGAACUUUGAUUGUAGUGAAACAGGCAUAGCCCUGCAAGCUAUGGAUAACUCUCACGUCGCGUUAGUAUCACUUUUGCUUCGUUCCGACGGGUUUGAUCCUUAUCGUUGCGACCGAGGUUUUUCCUUGGGUGUAAACUUGAACUCUUUAAACAAGAUAUUGAGGUGUGCCGGAAAUGACGAUAUUAUUACUCUCAAAGCUGAUGAUAACUCGGCUGAUAACUUGGGUUUAAUAUUUGAGAGUCCAACUAACGAAAGAGUCAGCGAGUAUGAAUUGAAAUUGAUGGAUAUUGACCAAGAACAUCUCAGCAUUCCGGAUACCGAAUAUGAUGCAACCAUCAUCAUGCCAUCCGCCGAGUUUCAGAGAAUUUGUCGCGAUUUAACUGUUGUUAGCGAAUCAGUUUCCAUCGACGUAACAAAAGAAUCCAUCAAGUUUACCGCGGAAGGCGAAGUCGGAUCUGGAAGCGUCAAGUUAAAACCUACCUCCUCAAUCGAUAAGCCCGAAGAGUCAGUUACCAUCGAACUCGCUCAGGCUGUUUCACUCCAAUUCUCCCUCAAAUAUCUUACGAAUUUUACAAAGGGUACUCCCUUAUCCGAUCAAGUUAUGCUUUGUUUGUCCGAGAACAUGCCAUUGCUCGUGGAGUAUAAGAUGGAUAUUGGUUAUAUUCGAUAUUACCUUGCACCCAAGAUAGGUGAUGAGUAA